AACCAAAUUAAUUAUAACAUAUAGUCUGUUUGUGAAUAAACCAAAAGUUGUGCUUCUCCUCCUCAACCUCAGUCGCCGAUCUUCAACAGUGGCUGAAACUUGAGAGAGAGAGAGAGAGGAAGAGAGCGACACUAUGGCGAUGACACUUAUUAACAGAGCAAUCUCUAGAACCGAAACCGUUGGUGCUUUCAGACUCUCGCUUAAUCUCUUAAGAAAUUUCUCUGCGGCGCCGGCGAGUGAAAACCCUAGCUCCGAUUCGAGUAAACCGAAACGAAGAAAGAAGAAGAACUUAAUCGAAGUUGCUCAGUUCUUACCUAAUUGGGGAAUCGGAUACCAUAUGGCUAAAGCUCAUUGGAAUGGAAUCUCUUAUGAAAUCACUAAGAUCAAUCUCUAUAAGGAUGGUAGACAUGGAAAAGCUUGGGGAAUUGUUCACAAAGAUGGAUUGCGAGCUGCAGAAGCUCCAAAGAAGAUAAGCGGAGUUCACAAACGGUGUUGGAAGUAUAUCCCAAACCUGUCAAAGACUGCUCCUGCUACAACCUCUGCUCAUGUCCAAGCUGCCUGAUCUGUUGUGGGUACUUGUUGAUCAAUCUGUUUGCGCUUUCUUUUAUUGAGAAGAAGAUACAGUUGUUGUGACUUGAUAGUUUCUUUGAAUUCGUUGAUAGCUUUGUAGGAAAUCUACGGAUGAUGAUCUGUUGUUCCUUCUUCUUGUUAAGACUUUACAUUUCCUGAGUUAUGAUUUUGUGGGGUUAGCUACUAUUACGUAUGAACUUGAUUUGUAGGAGGUCUUCUGGUUUUAAACAUGUAAUAAACGACCUCAAUUACGAGUGGCAGGUUUUAGUUUC